GGACUAUAUGAUAUUCCUACCAAGCACCGACUACGCGGUCUCAAUUACACCCCAACUUCCCCUCCCCUCCCCCGCGGACUGCCUGGUUUGAGAUGUGAGUGGAAGAUGUCGGUUUCGGGUCUGAAGGCCGAAUUGAAGUUUUUGGAGUCAAUUUUUGACCCAAACCACGAACGUUUCAGAAUUAUCGAUUGGAAGCCCGACGAGCUUAGUUGUCAGUUUAAUGUAACCGGUGAAAAACUCCUGAUUAUACAUUGCAACAUCACGGAGGCAUACCCCUCUACACCUCCAAUCUGGUUUGUUGACUCUGACGAUCCAAGUCUGACAGAGGUGUUGGAGCGCUUGGAAGAUGUCAGAAAAGGAACAUCUUUGCUCCUGCAGCAGCUGAAGCGUCUCAUCUGUGACCUGUGUCGACUGUACAACCUGCCCCAGCACCCAGAUGUUGAGAUGCUAGAUCAGCCCCUCCCUGCUGGGCCCAUCAACCCAGAGCGCAAGCAUGGACCAGCAGAUGAAGUGACAUCCGAGGAGGAGGAGGAGGAAGAGAUGGGCGAGCAGGACAUUGAAGACCUGGACCACUAUGAGAUGAAGGAGGAGGAGCCUGUACAUGGGAAGAAGUCAGAGGACGACGGGAUUGAGAAGGAGAACCUGGCCAUCCUGGAGAAGAUCCGUAAGAACCAGAGACAGGACCACUUGAACGUAAGUGCUCAUUCGGGUGCCGUUUCUGGUUCAGUUCAGGCGUCUGAUCGUCUCAUGAAGGAACUCAGGGAGAUCUACAGAUCGCAGAGUUACAAGACAGGUAUUUAUUCGGUGGAGCUCGUCAAUGACAGCCUUUAUGAAUGGCACGUCAAAAUAAGAACGGUAGACCCAGAUAGUCCGUUGCAUAGUGACUUGCAGGUUCUGAAGGAAAAGGAAGGGGUGGACUACAUUCUGCUCAGUUUCUCAUAUAAAGAUAACUUUCCUUUUGAUCCACCGUUCGUACGGGUCGUCUCUCCUGUGCUGUCCGGAGGGUACGUUCUUGGCGGCGGAGCCUUAUGUAUGGAGCUUCUCACAAAGCAGGGCUGGAGCAGUGCCUAUUCCAUUGAGUCUGUCAUCAUGCAGAUCAAUGCGACCCUGGUCAAAGGAAAAGCCAGGGUGCAGUUCGGAGCCAAUAAGAAUCAGUACAGUCUGGCCAGGGCACAACAGUCAUACAAAUCCCUGGUGCAGAUUCACGAAAAGAAUGGCUGGUACACACCUCCUAAAGAAGAUGGGUAAAGAGUUCACUCCUCAUUCUCCCUGGGAACAUAAUGUCUUUUGGGUUAAAAAAACAAAAAAAACAACAACAAUAUAUUUUAAUUUCUUUUGGAGCUAUUUUCUCCCUUCUGACUUAUUUGGGAGUUAUAUCAUCUUUCUUGUGGAAACCAACUGGCUAAUUCUUCCGUCUGGCCUGUCGUCAGCUCAGUAGACCAGUAUCUCUUCUCUGCCUGGCCCAAUAACGGGCUAGACUGUCUACUCCCUGCUGCAUCACUCCACAGCCCCCUUCACCUGAGGAGAAUGUCUGUUAUAACUGAGGGGCUCAGCGGUCCUGUUGCAUCACUCCACAGCCCCCUUCACCUGAGGAGAAUGUCUGUUAUAACUGAGGGGCUCGGCGGUCCUGUUGCGUCACUCCACAGCCCCCUUCACCUGAGGAGAAUGUCUGUUAUAACUGAGGGGCUCGGCGGUCCUGUUGCGUCACUCCACAGCCCCCUUCACCUGAGGAGAAUGUCUGUUAUAACUGAGGGGCUCGGCGGUCCUGUUGCGUCACUCCACAGCCCCCUUCACCUGAGGAGAAUGUCUGUUAUAACUGAGGGGCUCGGCGGUCCUGUUGCAUCACUCCACAGCCCCCUUCACCUGAGGAGAAUGUCUGUUAUAACUUGAGGGGCUCGGCGGUCCUGUUGCGUCACUCCACAGCCCCCUUCACCUGAGGAGAAUGUCUGUUAUAACUGAGGGGCUCGGCGGUCCUGUUGCGUCACUCCACAGCCCCCUUCACCUGAGGAGAAUGUCUGUUAUAACUGAGGGGCUCGGCGGUCCUGUUGCGUCACUCCACAGCCCCCUUCACCUGAGGAGAAUGUCUGUUAUAACUGAGGGGCUCGGAGGUCCUGUUGCAUCUUUUCACAUUUUGUUUUCCCUUAUCUCUCUCUCGAUGUGGAGAACAGCCUUUUCUCCUUCCAUACAUGCGCUGGUUUUGACGACGUGGGCUCGACUAACGGAUCAUCUUGAUUAGUUCCUCCUCGGUGAGAGAACCUACCUACUGUACAGCAGACAGGUCUGACUAGAGCUGGUUUGUUCGUAUUCACAACCACCACCAACUGUUUUUAGUGUGAAGCUGUACGCUCUUACAGCCAGCCACAGCAUUGGCAGUCGGAUUUGAACUGAAACCUCUCUGUGGUGACAGUUGGAUUUGAACUGAAACCUCUCUGUGGUGACAGUUGGAUUUGAACUGAAACCUCUCUGUGGUGACAGUUGGAUUUGAACUGAAACCUCUCUGUGGUGACAGUUGGAUUUGAACUGAAACCUCUCUGUGGUGACAGUUGGAUUUGAACUGAAACCUCUCUGUGGUGACAGUUGGAUUUGAACUGAAACCUCUCUGUGGUGACAGUUGGAUUUGAACUGAAACCUCUCUGUGGUGACAGUUGGAUUUUAAAGCGAAUAUGAAGGAAGAUGGAGGAUCACUUAAGAUGUUUCAGUGGUCAUCUUUAGUGACGCUGCUCCUUUUUCUCCCCUGACUUUGUGUAAUAUUUACUGGUACCAAAUUACAGACGUUGUUUAAAAGAAAUAGUAUAUGCUUAAAUGUAUUGUUAUUCUGCUUGCUGGCUUUUUUUUGUUGCUUUUUAUUUUUUAUAUCCCAGCAGUAACAUCAUGUGCCAGAUUGGUGACAAAAUGGUGGCUGACUAGGAUGCAGGAAGGGGUCUCCCAAAGGACACCCUAGUAUCUAGAUAGUGCACUUCUUUUGACCUUUGACCUAUGGGAAUGAAAAAGCACGAUAUGGACAACAUUCUUAGGAAAGCAAAGUAACUCUGGAUCAUUCUAAAAAAAUAUAUAUAUAUUUCUGAUAAAUGUGUUGGUCAAAAAAAUACUGGACGCUGUAGUAAACGAGUUGCCAUUUUGAGAUGACAUCUACCACUGCGUACCAUCUCCCUGCUGUCCUGUAGGAUGCGGCUGUUGAUCCUCAGUUACGACAUCACACCUGAACAUGUUUUUUUAUUUUUUAGAAUGGUUAAGUGAGCUUGGUCCACCAAGCUGUCUGUCAUGUUGUUUUUCUAUUUAAGGGGAUGGCGUAGGGGAUGGCCUGGUUCCAGAUCUCCUGGGGUUUGGUUUGUACCCAGAAGUUCAUACCGUUUCUCUACCGUACCGGGGUAUGCGGUAUUACCGAAUGUGCACAGAAGUUGUUGGCUCUAUUUUUAUGCACAAAACAAUUUAGGUAACAGGGGCUCUUGAUCCAGGAAGGGGAUUGAACGUCUCUGCUGUAACCAAGUAGCUUGAUCUUGACAUCUCAACACUUAGCUAGCAAGUCAACAAGCAUCGUGCAUAGCUGGAGCCCUGAGCUGGAUAUCAUUUAUUUAACACAGCUCAGAUUUCUUAUAGUUAUACUACAUUUAAAGUUAUAGGCAGUGGCAUCGCACUCACUCACAUAACACCCCCCCUCAAAACCCCCCCCUCAAUUCUAAAUCAUACCUUUCGUAUUAGCCCGGUAUAAAUUGUAUAUAUCGCCCAAGCCUAUUGUCCUCUUAAUGACCAUAGGACAAGACGGCACAAAUGGACCUGGGACCAACCAGGCUGGAGCAUAGCAUGCAAGGCUACCACUUUGUGAGUCUUGCAUAGUUGUAUGUUUUCAAUAGAUCAGAUUUUGUGUUAUUAAAGGACAAAGUUUUCAUUGAGCUAUUAUACUAGUAUACCAGUAGUGAGUUUUAUUGGGUGAUAUAUUCUGAACAAAAAUAUAAACGCAACACAUUAAAUGAUUUUAUUAUAUAAGGAUAUAAGGAAAUACAAAUGACUUGGCAUGGGCACAGCCAUAGAAAGGUCCUGGGAGGGCAUAGGCCCACCCACUUGGGAACCAGGCCCACCCCCAGCCAAUCAGAAUUAGUUCUACCCCCAGGGGGGGUUUAUUACAGACAGAAAUACUCCUCAGUUUCAUCAGCUGUCCGGGUGACUGGUCUCAGACGAUCCCGCAGGUGAAGAAGUCAGAUGUAGAGGGGGGCUUGCUUGGUAACACGUGGUCUGUGGUUGUGAGGCCGGUUGGACGUACUGCCAAAUUCUCUAAAACGAAGUUGGAGGCGGCUUAUGGUAAAAAAAAAAUGAACAUUCAGUUCUCUGCCAAAAGCUCAGGUGGACAGUCCUUGCUGUCGCCAUGCCAAUUGCACACUCCCUCUACUUGAGAUAUCUGUGGCAUAGUGUUGUGAAAAAACUGCACAUUUUAGUGGCCUUUUAUUGUCCCUCGUACAAGGUGCACCUGUGUAAUGAACAUGCCAUGUAGUAAUCAACUUCUUGAUAUGCCACACCUGUCAGGUGGAUGAAUUAUUUUGGCAAAAGGAGAAAUGCUCAGUAAGAGAGAUGUAAUCAAAUUUGUGAACAAAAUAUUAGAGAAAUAAGCUUUUUGCUCACAUGGAGAAUUUUGUGGAUCUUUAAUUUCAGCUCAUGAAACAUGGGACCAACACUUUACAAGUUGCGUUUUAUGUUUUUGUUCAGCGUAUUUGGAGGGGAGCUCUCCUGACCUGGUAAAAUAAUAACAUCUUAAGAUGCGUCCUAAAUUGGACCCUAUCGCUCCUCAUAUGGCUCCGGUCUAAAUUAGUGCACUAUAUAGGGAAUAGGGUUCUAUAGGGCUCUGGUCUAAAGUAGUGCACUAUAUAUUGGGAAUAGGGUUCUAUAGGGCUCUGGUCUAAAGUAGUGCACUAUAUAGGGAAUAGGGUUCUAUAGGGCUCUGGUCUAAAGUAGUGCACUAUAUAGGGAAUAGGGUUCUAUAGGGCUCUGGUCUAAAUUAGUGCACUAUAUAGGGAAUAGGGCUCUGGUCUAAAGUAGUGCACUAUAUAGGGAAUAGGGUUCUAUAGGGCUCUGGUCUAAAGUAGUGCACUAUAUAGGGAAUAGGGUUCUAUAGGGCUCUGGUCUAAAGUAGUGCACUAUAAUAGGGUUCUAUAGGGCUCUGGUCUAAAGUAGUGCACUAUAUAGGGAAUAGGGUUCUAUAGGGCUCUGGUCUAAAUUAGUGCACUAUAUAGGGAAUAGGGUUCUAUAGGGCUCUGGUCUAAAGUAGUGCACUAUAAUAGGGUUCUAUAGGGCUCUGGUCCAAAGUAGUGCACUAUAUAGGGAAUAGGGUUCUAUAGGGCUCUGGUCUAAAUUAGUGCACUAUAUAGGGAAUAGGGUUCUAUAGGGCUCUGGUCUAAAUUAGUGCACUAUAUAGGGAAUAGGGUUCUAUAUGGGAUGCUACCCUGGAAUACCAGACCUGGUUGACCGUUUGUCUAUACAUACUGAAUAGAGUGUUUCUGCGUUUUUCCACCUUGUAUACCAAGAAUAUGUUUUGGCUAAAUAUCUAUUUUUGAGGUGUACUAAUAAGGAUUACAGUAUUAUGAAAGUAUAAAUUGCUCUCAUGAACUGAAAUGUGGAAAUUUUGUAACGCUGUUAUUUACCCUGUUUUGUUUAGUGUUUUCAACAUGCAAUGUGACACAAGUUCAGUGCUACUAUAAUAUGUCUCUCCCAAUUGGCACCCUAGUCCCUAUAUAGUUCACUACUUCUGUCCAAGGCUCAUAGUCCACUAUAUAGGGAAUAGGGUGCCAUCUAAAACACUGCUAGGGUCUUAUCUGCAUGUCUACCUCCAUGCUUUUGGCUUGUAUCAGAAACAUGGGUAUCUGCUGGUCUUUGUUGUCUUUAGUCCCUAAUACAUAUAUCUAGGCUAGGCUACUAUGGGUUUUUAUUUCUGAGUGUGAGAGGAGGUCUUUAAAUAUAUCUUGUCUGUAAUGGGUAAGUAUAUUUUUUUGCACAAAAUGGCAAGGAUGUGCCUCAGAAGUCAAGAGACCUGAACUAACAAAUCAAGUUUUUAGGAUCUCACCUUUUUCUGAAUUGGAGGAAAAUAUGUUUUUAUUUUUUAUUUAAAUUGUACCUUUAUUUAACCAGGCAAGUCAGUUAAGAACAGAUUCUUAUUUGUCUGGGAACAGUGGGUUAACUGCCUGUUCAGGGGCAGAACGACAGAUUUGUACCUUGUCAGCUCGGGGGGUUUGAACUCGCAACCUUCCGGUUACUAGUCCAACGCUCUAACCACUAGGCUACGCUGUAUUUCUAGAGGUAACUAUACUAAUUGAUACCAGUCUGAAUCAUACAGGCUCCCACUUAUGGAGAAAGGUGGAGGAUGGCGGCGGGUUGUUUGAACUUCUAGGGGUUCGAGAGGGAAGAAGGAGAUGGUCGUUUAGUAGUACAUCUACUUGGCUCCGUAUGACCCAAGAUUACGUGUCAAAUGGUACCCUUUUGACCAGGACCCAUAGGGCUGUGGUCUAAAGUAGUGCACUAUGUAUAGGGAAUAGGGUUCUGUAGGGCUGUGGUCUAAAGUAGUGCACUAUAUAUAGGGAAUAGGGUUCUAUAGGGCUCUGGUCUAAAGUAGUGCACUAUAUAGGGAGUAGGGUUUUAUAGGGCUGUGGUCUAAAGUAGUGCACUAUAUAUAGGGAAUAGGGUUCUAUAGGCCUCUGGUCUAAAGUAGUGCACUAUAUAGGGAGUAGGGUUUUAUAGGGCCCUGGUCUAAAGUAGUGCACUAUAUAGGGAGUAGGGUUUUAUAGGGCCCUGGUCUAAAGUAGUGCACUAUAUAGGGAGUAGGGUUCUAUAGGGCCCUGGUCUAAAGUAGUGCCCCCCUACAUAGGGAAUAGGGUUCUAUAGGGCUGUGGUCUAAAGUAGUGCCCCCCUACAUAGGGAAUAGGGUUCUAUAGGGCUGUGGUCUAAAGUAGUGUCCCCCUACAUAGGGAAUAGGGUUCUAUAGGGCCCUGGUCUAAAGUAGUGCCCCCCUACAUAGGGAAUAGGGUUCUAUAGGGCUCUGGUCUAAAGUAGUGCACUAUAUAGGGAAUAGGGUUCUAUAGGGCCCUGGUCUAAAGUAGUGCCCCCCUACAUAGGGAAUAGGGUUCUAUAGGGCUGUGGUCUAAAGUAGUGCCCCCCUACAUAGGGAAUAGGGUUCUAUAGGGCUGUGGUCUAAAGUAGUGCCCCCCUACAUAGGGAGUAGGGUUCUAUAGGGCCCUGGUCUAAAGUAGUGCCCCCCUACAUAGGGAAUAGGGUUCUAUAGGGCUGUGGUCUAAAGUAGUGCCCCCCUACAUAGGGAAUAGGGUUCUAUAGGGCUGUGGUCUAAAGUAGUGCCCCCCUACAUAGGGAAUAGGGUUCUAUAGGGCUGUGGUCUAAAGUAGUGCCCCCCUACAUAGGGAGUAGGGUUCUAUAGGGCUCUGGUCUAAAGUAGUGCCCCCCUACAUAGGGAAUAGGGUUCUAUAGGGCUGUGGUCUAAAGUAGUGCCCCCCUACAUAGGGAAUAGGGUUCUAUAGGGCUGUGGUCUAAAGUAGUGCCCCCCUACAUAGGGAAUAGGGUUCUAUAGGGCUGUGGUCUAAAGUAGUGCCCCCCUACAUAGGGAAUCCGGUAGCCAAAGCCUGGGUCCGUUACUUCUGCACAGAAUUGAUGUCUUGUGAUACCCUUUUUUUUUUUUUUUUUUUGUAACUUAGUUCAGCUCAGUAGAACUUUUCUCUCACGUUUAGGUAGCUGCUUCCCAUUUGAUACCCAGGCCCUGUCUAGAAAACAAGCCCCCCCGUCCCCCCGUCCAAACUUCUCAGAUCUCCACAAGUGUCUGGGGGAGGGGGUAGGUAGAGUGGCUAGGAGUUGAUUCUGGACAGGACCCAAAAUCUCUGUCCAGAGGCGGAGGGCGGGGUAUAGGUGCUCAUUCACUUUGGGCAGAGUCAGUUCAGUCAUUCAUUCUGUGAUUUUAAAUAGGUUUGCACGUUCCUCUGUACUUGGACAGUGUUUUUGAUAGAAGGUUAAUCUGUCUUCUCUAUCUAGACUAAUUUGUAAAAUCAUUUUCUGCUCGUCAAACAAAUGGUUGGGACAGAUUGUCAAGUUUUGCACCCGUUGGUUGGCAUGCUUUGUUUUUUUGUUUUCAAGGGACAUUUUGACCAUGUACAGUAAUUUGUAAACUUGCAUCAAGUUUAUGAAUAAAGAAUUUUAAGAUUA